UGCAGGCCGACUAUACUGUUGCUGCUGUUGCUCUUGCUCUUUGUUGUCUUCGUUUUCGUCUCUGGAAUCCUUUUAUACCUGAACUCUAUGCCCUACAAGCAACAGCGUCCUAUUAUCGAGGGUAAGGAUCGAAAUUUCUCCAGUAAUAACGCGGAACCCUGCGAGAAGACGUAUUGUGUCCCGGGAGCGACGUGCGUCGUGUCGAAGAGCGGAAAACCUUUGUGUCAAUGCUCGACCGAUUGCCCUUCGACUUCUGAACCUGUCUGCGGCACCGACAACGUGACCUACACCAACUACUGCCACCUUACACAGACCAGCUGCCUCAAGAGAAAAAACACACGUAUACUCCACCAGGGCGCCUGUGAAAUCAAGGACCCCUGCACGAAACUCAAUUGCACUGUAGGCUCGCAAUGCGUACGAAGCAGGGACGGCACCGAGGCCUCUUGCGAAUGCUUGGAAUCCUGCCCGAAUUUAGGGGAUCAUGAGGGAUCGAGUCCUGUCUGCGGCACAGAUGGGAUCGACUAUCCGUCUCUCUGCGAGCUAAACAGAGCGGCUUGCGCGAAGGGUGCUAAUAUCACAGUGGUAUUCCAGGGGAAAUGCGAUCCCUGCAGCAACGUCGAGUGCGGAGAGCCGGAAAUCUGUCAGCUGGACGACUCGAGGCAACCAGGCUGUCGUUGCGGCGAGCAAUGCGGCCUUGAGUUCUCACCAGUUUGUGGAAGCGAUGGUAAAACAUACUCGAAUGAAUGCAGCCUCAGGCAGGAAGCUUGCAGAUCGAGAUUAUCGCUCAGGAAGGUCUACAACGGCGCCUGCAGCUCAGGAAUCAAUCCGUGCGAUGAGGCGAACUGCAGCCCAUUCGAGCAGUGCGUGAUUAAUCGUCAAGGAAUAGCGAGCUGCGAAUGUGGUCCAGAAUGCGAGCCAGUGAUGAGGCCAGUUUGCGCGCGAGGCGGCAACACAUACACGUCCCUGUGCAAGUUGAAGAGACAGGCGUGCUUGACGAAAACUAACAUCGAAGUCGCUUACACUGGAACUUGUGGAUCUAGAGGACCAUGCAGCGAGAAGAUUUGCCAGUGGGGCGCCAUUUGCGCGGAGACCGGCGGCACAGCGGUCUGUGAGUGUCCAACCUGUCCGGCCGAGUUUCAGCCUGUCUGCGGCGAUGACGGCAUCAGUUACGGGAACGAAUGUAAGCUGCGCCUCGAGGCUUGUCAACAUCGUCGAGAGAUCCGAGUGCUUUAUCAAGGACUGUGCAAUGGCUGCGAAAACAAGAAGUGCGACUUCUAUGCUCAGUGCGAGAGCGACAGCGGUGGGGAGGCUAAGUGCGUGUGUCCUGGAAAAUGCGAGAGUUCGGGAAAAGAACCCGCUGAUGCGGAAAAGGUAUGUGGUUCGGACGGAAAGACCUAUGACAACGAAUGUUCACUGAAGGCUGCGUCAUGUAAAUCACAGACCCAUAUCAAUGUCAGCUACAUAGGAGAUUGCGAACUUUGCGCGCGAGUCGAGUGCGAACACGGCGCUCACUGCAUGGCCGGCGUGUGCGUUUGUCCGGAAGAGUGCCCGGAGAGCACAGGAGAACCCGUGUGCGGCAGCGACGCUAAAACCUACCCCUCAGAGUGCGAGCUGCAGAAGGCGGCAUGCGGCAGGGAUCCUAAAUUGCCGGUCUUGCACGUGAUAUUUUACGGCGACUGCGGCGAGCGAUUUGCUGUAGCAGCAUUGACGACGAUGUCGACGCCUGCGGUGGUCCGCGUCGCCACCACUGCAGUUGACGUGACCAGCACCCAGGGCCGCGGGGACUGCAAGAACAUCAAGUGCGACUUCGAGGCCACCUGCGAGCUGGGCCCGGACAGCUAUCCCAGGUGCAGCUGCAAGUUCGACUGCGCCUCGAUCUCGCCGGAAAACAUGCGCCCGGUGUGCGGCAACGACCUGAGGACCUACUCGUCCCUCUGCGCCAUGAAAAUGGAGGCCUGCCAAAGGCAGCAGGAGCUAAGACCUAGACCCCUUGACCUAUGCCAAGGUAUGGAAGUGAAACCUUGUAACGGUGAUCCUCCGAUUGUGGACGCCGAUGGAAAAGAGUAUGACUGUGGAAAUGGACCAGAACGAAGAGAUUGCCCAAGUAACAGCUACUGCCAUCAAACCACACGACUCGCUCGAUGCUGCAGAAAAGCUCAAGAAACUCAAGUGGUUAAGUGUUCGGACUCCUGGCACGGAUGUUGUCCGGAUGGGAAAACUGCCGCACGCGGACCAAACGGUGCAGGUUGCCCAAGUUUGUGCAACUGCAACAGGUUGGGCAGCGUCUCGGACACUUGCAAUCCAGAGACCGGGCAAUGCGAGUGCAAACCAGGCGUGGGUGGCGAGAAAUGCAACAGAUGCAUGCCGGGUUACUGGGGGUUGCCCAAGAUAAGCGAGGGUCAUCAGGGAUGCAUACCUUGCGGCUGCUCGCUCUUCGGCUCUGCGAGAGAAGACUGCGAACAAAUGACAGGUCGCUGUGUCUGCAAAACGGACAUCCAGGGUCAAAAGUGCACAAUUUGUGCCGACUACAACAAGAUAUUAACACCGACUGGUUGCUAUUCAGCGGACACGAUACCACCGACACCGACGUCCUGCAACGAGCUGGAAUGUUAUUCCGGCGGCCAAUGCUCGGAGAUCGGUGGCCCGCACUGUGUCUGUCCGUCGUCCUGUCCAUCGGACAUACCGUCGGUCCCGGUUUGCGGUAGCGAUGGACAGACAUACGACAACGAAUGCGAACUAAGGCUCUACGCUUGUCGCCACCAGGCAGACGUGGUCACGCAGGCCUUCGGCCACUGCAAAGACGAUCCCAUGGUGAACACCGAUUUCCCGGUUAAGAGGUAUACAGCAGUCCAGUACACCCAGCCAGCGGCCGCCAUUUCUCCAUUAUCAAAAUCUACCAGGCAUCUGCUAGUACCAGAACCAGAUCCACGGUAUUAUUACACUCACCGGGCCCAUCAAGAAACCAUCACGAUCGACAGAGACAAUUUAAAACACGGUGUAGCGGCCGCGUACCGACCGACUCCGGCGACAAUCCGCGUGGUCACCCCUUUACUCGGCGAUCUCUGCACCGACGAUAAGGACUGCACCAUUCCCAACAGCGAGUGCUCCAAUGGCGGGUGCAUUUGUUCGGAAGGCUACGCAGAAACCAGCGACAGACAGGAAUGUUUUGCUAAUUACGCGCCGGUCACACCGACCGAAGAGUUCCGUGCCUGCCUGUCGUAUCCGUGUCACGCGACAUCGACCUGCAUCGACCUGCCCAGCACGACGUUCGUCUGUAUCUGCCGGCCGAAUUACACCGGGCUAUUAUGCGACGAGGAGAUUAACAAAAGGGAUUACGAAGUGCCAUCGUUCGACGGCAAGAGCUACGUAAGGAUGAGCCGGCUGAAAGCUUACCACAAGUUCAGCAUCGAGGUGGAGUUCAAGACUUACGCCGACAAUGGGAUUAUACUUUACAACCAACAGAAGAGCGACGGAACUGGGGAUUUCGUGUCGCUGGCCAUCGUCGACGGACACGUGCAGUUUCGAUACAAUUUGGGAAACGGUCCGGUGAUUCUAACUUCUCCUGAAAGGGUCACUAUGAAAACGUUCCAUCGUGUGGCAGCUAAGAGGUACCACAAGGACGGUGUCCUGAUUUUCAAUGACGGAGAGGACGUAGCCGGUCAGAGUCAAGGGAUGCUGAAGUCGUUGGACUUGAACCAGAACACGUAUAUCGGAAACAUGCCCACAAACUUCACCAAAGUAUACGACAACAUUGGAACAAACCAUGGGUUCCUCGGUUGUAUCCGAAAACUAAAAAUUAACAGAAACUUCGUAGAUCUUCAUGUGGGCCACGACAAGGACAUUCUAGAAACCUAUCGCGUAAAAGAAUGUGGGGAAAAUGCAUGCGCAAAUCUACCUUGCCAGAACGGUGCAACGUGCCAGCCGAUUUUCGAGGAAGACCUGUGCGACGGUCGUGAGUGCAGAAGAAUCGAGAAACGUGGGAAGAACAGAAAUAAGAACGGCGUGAACAUCGUUCGCUGUAAAGGAUCUCAUUGCACCGCGAUCGACCAACGAAGGUCGAAGAAAAACGUGAACAAACGUUGCACGUCGGCUAAAUGCGAUUACAAUUACGAGAUCGAUUACGAAACGAAUUACGAGCACGGGAAUUACGCUGUGGAGAAAUACGAUCCUCCAGAUUACAGAUGCAUUUGCCCGCCGCAGUUCACUGGCAGGAACUGCGAGGAAUCGCUGGAUCCUUGCAUCGGCGAGCCCUGCCAACAUGGCGCCACCUGCGACAUCCUUCCGCAAGGCGGCUACGUGUGCAAGUGUCCACCUGGACGGACGGGAGAACACUGCGAGAUUCUGGAUGCAGAACUAACGGAAUUGUUAAUACCCGAAAUGUCUGGGGACGGUUUCCUGGAGCUGCCGUGUCUAGACGGCGUGGCGAAAGCGUUCUCCAUCGAGUUGUGGUUCCUCACGCACGCAAGUGAUGGUUUACUUCUUUACAAUGGCCAACUGAACAACGGCCGGGGCGAUUUCAUUAGUCUGAACUUGAUCCACGGUAAAUUGGAGUUCAGAUUCAAUCUUGGCAGCGGCAUCGCCAAUAUCACUUCCCCGGACCCAGUUACCCUCGACACCUGGCAUUGCGUUCGAAUCAGCAGACUCGGCAGAGAAGGCGUUCUCCAAUUAGACGACGGAACGGUCGCCAGAGGAUUGUCCGGGAGUCCAUUAACGGAGCUGAAUUUGGAAAUGCCGCUUUACGUCGGCGGUGUUAAACACUGGCGAGAGGUUCAUCGGUUAGCAGGAGUCUGGACAGGAUUAGUAGGCGCAGUGCAAAGGCUGAUGGUGAACGGGAAAACGUACCAGAAUCUAGCAGUGAAUGUUACUCAACACAACACGGAGAUUUACGAUGGUGCGCCGUGUCCCAGUAACGAGAAUCCUUGUCACAACGGCGGAGUGUGUUUACCUCUUCUGAACAGCUAUCUGUGCAAGUGUGCUAGUGGUUACAAUGGCCUCCAUUGCGAAUUUUUCAUGGGCUACGAUGUAUCCACCGAACUAAUUGAAAGACCUGUCCGUUUCAAGGGCGACAAUUUCCUACAGUUCAGGCACCGCAAUGGAAGAAGUACUAACUCGACUAACACUACCCUCGGCGAGUACUUUGAGGAGUCCUACUCCGACUACGACUUGGAGGAGGACGUCGACUACGAGUACGACAGUUACGAUUACACGGAGCGUAGAGGACAGCAAUCGAACAGGUUCGAACUGAGACUACGUACAACGCAUUCGGAGGGUCUGAUCGCUUGGAUUGGAAGGGGAAAAGUUGAACAUCUUAUGCUGUCGUUGCACAAUGGUCAAGUGGUUCUUACGUACAAGAGCAAAUCCGAGCACGUGUCUUUGAGAAGCAGGGAACGAGUGGACGACGGCGUGUUCCAUCACAUCCGUGCGUCGAGGAGGCGGCGCGCGACGAUGAUACAGAUCGACGACUUUACCCCGAUCAAGAUGUCCACAGAAGCAACGCUCUUAACCACGAACGGCAAACUGUUCGUCGGCGGAAAGCCCGGCCACCGCGGCAUCAAAGGCUGCGUGUCCGACUUCGUGGUGGACAAACGACGGCUUCAGCUCGCCAGGCGGAAGAUUGAGCACUGUCACGACAACGACGUAUGAUAACGAACCCCGCUAACGACGAUCGUCAACGUGACGUCGCCCCUGCCCACGCUCGCCGACUGGACGGCGUCUUUGUCUUCGACGAGUUAGCACCAGCCUAAAAACACGAACGCUUAGAAGAACCCUUUGAGGACUCUCGCUUCUAAUUCGGAGGAAGCGGGACGUAUAGGAGAGAGGGAACGGGAGGAAGUUCAACGAAAGCGGGGAACAGUAGGAAAAGGGAAGCAAGAUGGCUGACGGCAACGGAACCGAAGACGAUGGGGGUGAACACGUGAUUCCUGCCAAAGUCGUACGAAGGGAACUCCGAAGUGAACGAUGAAUCGUGCCAUUUGGGGGAGGAUAUUUAUUUUCGUUCGAAUAAGUGUACAGACGGACGAAAGGGGAAGAAGAGAAUUACGAAGAGGAUUAAGCAGAACAAGAAGAGGAGGAACGUAUAAUAAUGGAGCAUCGCGUUAAAUGCUACGUUCUCAUCGAAGGACAAUAAUAUAUUUUUAAGGCGACGAGAUUAAUAUACAUAUGGAUAUAUAUGUAUGUAUGUAUGAAUUUAACGCGUAUACGUAUAAAAGGGUUGGGGAAAGGGGGAGGGUGUAUGGCACAAAGGGGAGCGUGGGGAAGCACAAAAUGAAGAACGACGGUGUGAAUGGAUGAAGGUAGCAGAGUUUGAACGGGGUUUAGGAAGACUUAUCGGUAAUCGUUAGUCGUUACUCUGUAAGUUAAUGAUAUAUCGAAGCACCUAUAAAUGUUUUACGAUGCCAAGACUGACUAAAAAGACGGGAGAGGAGGAGAGGACGCCGUGAGACGCGGCGCGGGCGGAUGGCGGGGAGGUACUAAAUAAAUAUCGAGGGGGUGAGAAAACAAAAUAAUAAUAAUAUUAAUAAUAAUAACAUUAAUAAUAACAAUAAUAAUAAUAAUGAUGAUAAAGUAAAAAAAAUAACGAAGCGAUAAAUCGGUGUUAUGUUUGAGUGUUUCCGGUAGAGAGAUUUAACGAUCGUGGAUUAACAGAAUAGAGGAAAUGUAUUUUAAAGGACUUGUUGAUUUAUGCCAGUAGAGAAGAAAAUGAAACGAAUAAAACGAAAAAAAAUAAUGAACCGUAUACAGGUACACGAACACACGCGUCUAUACGUACCACACGCAACAAUAUAUACGAGGAAACAGAUACACACUGUACAAUGUUGUUUCUAGGCAGACAAGGCUUUUUACAAAUGCG